AUAAUACAUUAUAUUAUUUAGUCCUCGUCCUCGUAACCAGUUUCUAUCUGAUUUUGCUUUCGUUAUUUACGGAUUUCAAGAAUGGAACGUUAUUGUACAAAGCAUGGAUACCGUUUGACUACACAAUUUCCGCGCUAUUCUAUCCCGUAUACAUUCAUCAGAUAUUGACUUUAAUAUUUAUCGGUCUUGUUCAUCCUACAUGUGACAGUUUUAUUUGCGGAUUAUUAUUACACAUUUGCUGCCAAAUCGAGAUUUUAGAAUAUCGCUUAUCAAACAUUGUGAAUGCUCAAGAAAGCUUGCGCGAUUGCAUACAUCACCACAUACGUAUAUUUGAAUACUCAUAUAUGGUGAAUGAAAAUUUUGCUAGAAUAGUUCCUAGCGAGUUUAUAAUGAUCACAGUGGUAAUGUGCUACAAUUUGAUUCAUAUGGCUUUAACAUCAUCCACUAUCAUUUCUUAUAUACAAAAUCUCAUGAUUAUAUCGUGUACACUGGCACCAAUUUUUUAUUACUGUUGGUUUGGCAAUGAAGUUAAACUGAAGAGCCUGCAAUUAUCGGAUAAUAUUUAUAACAUAGAAUGGACAAUACUUAACAACAAUAUGAGAAAAGGUCUUUUAAUGAUUAUGAAUCGUGCGACGAUACCAAUCGAAUUUAGUAGCGCAAAUAUUAUGUCAAUGAAUCUUGAAUCAUUCGUGAUGGUGCUCAAGACAUCAUACUCGCUUUUUAAUGUACUAAUAAAAUCGCAGAAACAAUAAUAUGU